GGCCACUAUGCGCCUGCGCAGUGGAGGGGGCUCCGGCUGUGUGGUUCCCGCCAUUUCUCGCUGCAGUCCUCCCUGGGUUGAGUUCCGCGCUUCAUGGAGGCGUUUGACCCCGCCGAGCUGCCCGAGCUGCUUAAGCUUUAUUACCGGAGGCUCUUUCCCUACGCCCAGUACUAUCGCUGGCUCAACUAUGGCGGAGUGGUAAAGAAUUACUUUCAACACCGUGAAUUUUCCUUCACAUUGAAAGAUGAUAUUUACAUUCGUUACCAAUCCUUCAACAACCAGAGUGAUCUGGAAAAGGAGAUGCAGAAAAUGAAUCCGUACAAGAUUGAUAUAGGCGCGGUAUAUUCCCACAGACCCAAUCAACACAAUACAGUGAAGCUGGGAGCUUUCCAGGCUCAGGAAAAAGAACUGGUGUUUGACAUUGACAUGACAGACUACGACGAUGUGAGGAGAUGUUGUAGUUCUGCAGACAUAUGUUCUAAGUGCUGGACCCUCAUGACGAUGGCCAUACACAUCAUCGACCGAGCAUUGAAGGAGGACUUUGGAUUUAAACAUCGUCUCUGGGUAUAUUCUGGAAGGAGAGGUGUUCAUUGCUGGGUCUGUGAUGAAUCAGUUAGAAAACUGUCCUCUGCAGUACGUUCUGGGAUAGUUGAAUAUUUGAGUGUUGUAAAGGGUGGUCAAGAUGUUAAAAAGAAAGUUCACCUAAGUGAAAAAAUUCAUCCUUUUGUCAGAAAAUCUAUAAACAUAAUAAAAAAAUACUUUGAAGACUAUGCCUUGGUUGAUCAAGAUAUUCUUGAGAAUAAAGAAAGCUGGGAUAAGAUUUUAGCCCUUGUUCCUGAAACAAUGCAUGAUGAACUUCAACAAAGCUUCCAAAAGCAUCACAAUUCACUUCAGCGCUGGGAGCAUUUGAAGAAAGCAGCCAGCAGAUGUCAGAAUAACAGCAAAAAUGACAAAUGUGGACCCUGGCUUGAGUGGGAGAUCAUGCUCCAGUACUGUUUUCCACGACUGGAUAUCAAUGUUAGCAAAGGAAUCAAUCAUUUACUGAAGAGCCCUUUUAGUGUUCAUCCUAAAACAGGUCGCAUUUCUGUGCCUAUUGAUUUACAGAAAGUGGAUCAGUUUGAUCCAUUUACUGUUCCAACCAUAAGUUCCAUUUGCCAUGAAUUGGAUGUUAUUUCCACUAAAGAAGAAGAAAAAGAGAAUGGAGCUGAAUCUGAUAUCAAACAUAGAACCAGAGAUUACAAGAAGACCAGUCUAGCUCCUUUUGUAAAAGUUUUUGAGCAGUUUCUUGAAAACCUGGAUAAAUCUCGAAAAGGAGAACUUCUCAAGAAGAGUGAUUUACAAAAAGACUUCUGAAGAUAACAACUCCCUUUUUACCAAUGUGGAUAUCUUCUCCCUUCAACCAAGAAUCAAAUACUUCAAGAGCCAUUUAAUAAAUAUAGCAGAACUGUAUGUGUCUUAA